AUGGAACCUGACGUAUUGGAGCAGAUAUUCGACGGAAGCAUCGAACCAAGAGAUAUAAAGUUAUCAGAUUUACAGAGCAUAACUAAAAAUUUCUCCGAGGACCAAAUAAUUGGCAAGGGUGGAUUUGGAACCGUUUACAAGGGUGUCCUCCUUAAUGGAGUAGUUGCAGUGAAGAGGAUACACAACAUGCAUACAAUAGAUGAGAAGCUAUUUCAUCGGGAGGUUAACAGCCUAUUGAUGGUCAACCAUAAAAACAUAGUUCGGUUUCUUGGCUUCUGUUCUCAUACGGUACAUAAACCAUUCAAAAAUGAAGGGUCAGGCGGAUACAUUUUGUUUGAGGAUAGAGAAAGAAUACUCUGUUUUGAGUACGUCAACAAUGGAAGUCUUGAAAACUAUAUUGCAGGGCUCCAAUGGGACACUCGUUAUUCAAUAAUAAAAGGAAUCUGCGAGGGUCUGCAGUAUCUUCAUAUGGAAAAGAGUAUUAUGCAUAUGGAUCUGAAGCCAGCAAACAUACUAAUAGAUGAUAACAUGGUAGCGAAAAUUACUGAUUUUGGUUUGUCUAGAAUGGUGGAAAACUCACAAACCAAAACUACAAACCGCUUUUUUACACUAGGAUACAGCGCCCCAGAAUACAUAGACAGUGGCACCAUGUCACCCAGCUAUGAUGUGUAUAGCUUGGGCAUCAUAAUAAUCCAACUGGUGACAGGACACAGGAGUGUUACCAAUAGUAAUAACGUAAGUGUGUUUUACAUUGUAGAUGGUCUCUUUUUACAGAUUUAA